AUGAAGUCAGAACUUAAUAAAACCAAUCACGUUGAACAAAUAAAUAUAUGGCUGGUGGGCGCUCCAUGCGGCCAGCACGGCCAGUACACCUUCUACAAGGCUCUACGAUUAACUGGCACCAUCGAUAAGAUUAUCGCCAUAGGGGAUUUCUUUUUCGUCAGAAUCUGGCAGGACUCCGAACUGGUCUCCAUAGGCGAACUCCAGCUUCUAUGGACGGACCGUGUGUCAGAUCAAACGCUGGUCAGCCUCCGGCUCUACUUCCUACCUGAGAACACUCCUGAAGGCAGAAAUCAGCAGGGAGAGGUGAGUUAG